CAAAGCGAAGCAAAAACUCUCUCUAAAAAUAACUAAAAAAUGGAAAUAGAGCCAAGACCUUCGGUGGUGGCAAAGAAGCUGUGGAACAUUGUAAGAAUAGUGUUGAUCAUGAUGAGGAAAGGCCUGUCCAAGAGCAAGUUAAUGGUGGACUUCCACUUGCUCCUCAAGCGAGGGAAGCUCGCCGGCAAAGCCAUGGCGGAGAACUUCAUCCUCCACCACUACUCCGCCUUCAGCUGCCGCUCGAACGACGCCGUCUCAUUCAUCUCCCCGAGGGAGUACGAGUUCAGCUGCAGCAACAGCCCCGCCAAUUUCAAUCCUUUCCACUUCAACAAGCGCAACAAACACCACCACCACCACCACAACAAUUAUAACCUGUCCAGAUCUUACAAUUACGACGACGUUUCGAGCACGGUCACCGCGGUCCAGAAGGUUCUGGAAAUGUACUUGAGCAACAACAACAGCACCAAUCACGGCAAUUAUCAUCUCGGAGGCGAUCAGACGGUGGAGGCCUCGCCGCUGGUGAUGCUCCCGGGGUUCGGGAAGAGCCCGUUGGUGAGGCAGUUGAGAAUAACCGACUCGCCGUUCCCGUUGAAGGAUGAAGGAGGGGACAACCAGGUGGAUGUCAAGGCUGAGGAUUUCAUUAACAAGUUUUACAAGAACCUCAAGUUGCAGAAGAAAAUGUCCUACCUCGAGUCUCCAUAUCGAUCAUGAGAAUAUAUAUUUUGGUUGAAGAUGAGUCUUGUUUUUACGAAGAUUAUUGUGAAAUGGGGUUUCCAUGUGUUUCAACUACUGGAUAAAGGUUUGCCACAAUAUGCCCGAUCCGAUCACCUUGAGUAAUCCAUGGUUUCAUGAUUUUUUUUUUUUUUUUUGCCAUAUAUACAAGAUCACAUAUAUCUUUCAAAAGUCACAUAUAUGUAUACUCGACCAAAGUAUAUAUAUUCACAUGGCCAUGUAAAUUACCCUAGUAUACAUAUUUUUCUAAUAUAUAUAUGGCACUUCUUUUUCCCCUGGUUUACUUAACGUGAUGAUCAAGGUAUAUCAAUAGCUAUGCUUUUGGAUUCAACUACAA